AUGGAAAAGGAUUUGCGAGAGGAAGUCAAGGAAGUCAAUGAAAAUGUUGUGAGUCUUGAAUCAAGACUAGUAAUUAUAGAAGAUGAUUGGAAUCCGGUAAAAUAUCCUGAUCCGGAUUCAACCUUGAAGGAUGACCUAAAAGGGUACUAUGGUGGCAAUGAGUACAUUGAUGAGCUAGAUACACUUUGUCAACAAAGGGCUUUGGCUGCAUUUCACUUAGACCCAAAGAAAUUGGGAGUUAAUGUCCAACCUCUGUCUGGUUCUCCUGCUAACUUUGAAGUUUACACUGCACUUCUCAACCCACAUGACCGUAUUAUGGGUAUGGAUUUUCCUCAUGGAGGUCACUUGUCAUAUGGAUUUAUGACUCCUAAAAGACGGGUAUCUGGGACUUCGAUUUAUUUUGAAUCGAUGCCCUACCGUCUUGAUGAAUCAACAGGCCUUAUUGAUUAUGAUAUGCUUGAGAAAACUGCCACCCUUUUUCGACCAAAACUCAUCAUUGUUGGUGCUAGUGCUUAUCCUCGUGAUUUCAAUUAUCCUCGAAUGAGAAAGAUUGCAGAUUCUGUUGGGGCUUUUCUCAUGAUGGAUAUGGCUCACAUAAGUGGUCUCGUUGCUGCAUCUGUACUUGCCGACCCAUUUGAAUACUGUGAUGUUGUAACAACCACCACUCACAAGUCAUUACGAGGUCCCAGAGGUGGCAUGAUUUUCUUC